GGUGCGCCGUACCUGAGAGCUCAGAUCGAGUCAGAACCGCGUGAAACGUUACGCCACUUCAUUCGACGGAAGCUCCCAUCGCCGUCGACGACUUCCUCCGACGGUGCUGGUCACCGGAUUCCGGCAGCCCACGCAAGUUCCCGGCGAAAGGGAUUGCUCGACUUCCGAUCCCGAGGGAGCAACGACGCAUGCCUCGGUACAAAGACGAGCCUCCCGCAGUUCGCGUGUACACUGUCUGUGAUGAAUCGAGAUACCUUAUCGUGAGGAAUGUUCCUGCGUUAGGAUGUGGCGACGAGCUGCUGAAGCUCUUCGCCGCUUAUGGCGACGUUGAAGAAUGUAAACCAAUGGAUGAAGAAGACUGCGAGCCUUACACUGAUGUUUAUUGGAUCAAGUUUCGUCUCGACUGCAAUGCUAGGUUUGCAAAAAGAAAAUUGGAUGAGUAUGUCUUCUAUGGGAAUAGACUGCAAGUUUCGUACGCUCCCCAUUUUGAGAGCCUCUCUGAUACAAGAGAGAAGCUAGAAGCUAGGAGAAAGGAAGUUCUCGCUCGGUCGAACCCUGGAAGAUUCAAGGGUACUGCCACCUCUAGCAGUGUCGGUCUGGUGAGGUCUUCAGCUAAUGCAAGUUCCACACAGAAUAGUGCUGUUGGCCAACAGAUCUUCAAUCCUAAUAGUGCAUCGCAGCUCAUUCCUCAUGCUGACAGUUCUCCAUAUACAAGGGUUUCCUCGGAGCUGGAUUAUUUUCAAUCCCAUUCGAUGAAUCAGACGGUGCGGUUGGUCAGAGACAAGCUCAAUAAGAUUGAAUCAAGUGGUGAGCAUCCGCAAUCAGGACCUGCAAUGAAGAAAGCUCGCACAGACAACAGAAGGAGAAUUUGACUUUUAUCGGAACUCAGAAUUGCCCUCUGUCAAAGGAUAUCCUGAUGUUUCACGCACUACUUUUAUCUCACUGGACAUGGCUUUAUAAAGCGAGCAUGGGCAUGAACAAUCAUCCUCCAUUUGAGCUAAGUUUCAGGGUCCUCGGCUUUUGGGGCAGAUACCUGUAUCACUCACCUAUGAGGUUGACGAACACAUGAGCAUCAGCAACAAACCAGUAUUAGCAUGAUCCAUAGUCGGCGGAGAUUUUCUUAGAAGUUGUCGAUGCAAUCAUGUAAAACCAAAUCGAAUCUUCAGCUAAGGAAAGGCAUGGAGAUAUCGCCAUCCAUUUGAACAAUGAUCACAGACUGACUGCUGGGGAGAUCAAUUUCAACCCUAUGUUUUUUCUGAACUAAUGUGGUGGGAGCAGAAGUUUGAGUUGACUUCGACCUUUCCAAAUCGUGAACCAGAUGUCUCGAGGGCCUAAUCAAGUAGUUGAUUCUCCGUGUAUUUGUAUUUCUGCUAGAGCAGCAUGUUUGUAAACAUUCAACUGUUGUUACUAGGUUGUUCAUUUAGAUCGUAUCCGUUAUUUUUGAGCA